GAGUCCCCGUCAAGGUGUUGUCGGAAUCAUCCCGUGAGACGGAGGAGUUAUCCUAGCGUCACUAUGCCCAAUAACAGAAGUGUAAUUCCAAGCGGGGAGAUGCCACUAUCCCCGAUUCCAUGCCGUUAUCAAGUGGCUUGCGUGACGGCAGUUCUCACUGACAACGAAGCUAGGACCUGACUAGUAACGUGACAUCGUGGUGACAAAACAGAGUCGUUUUCAUCUCAGAUAUCGGCAUCAUUUUGGAGGUAUUCUACUCAAGCGUCAAGUCUUUAGACAUCAUCUUUUCUGCUAUUCACCAUCAUAAUGUCGGUAGCGUGGCAAAGACUCAUUCGAUUUGUUGCAAGCGACGGGAGGAUUCUCCGUGGAGAGCCCAUUCUUCCUAAUGAGGGGUUCGACUUGGGAAACACCACCGAAGAGACAAAUCUAAAGGCAAAAGUCAUUGACGGCUCCGACAUCUAUGACACUUCAGGGAAGACCAAGGUCACCGAUGAGAUCGUGGUGGUGAAAAAGCUUCUCGGCCCCUUGGCACAAGGAGAUGUGCCCAUUCUCCGAUGUGUCGGGCUGAACUAUGCCACCCAUAUUAGAGAGGCCGGUCGCAAACCACCGCCGUUUCCCUUCAUCUUUUUCAAGCCCAACACAACUGUUCUGGACCAUGACGCAGAUGUGAUCAUUCCCAAGAUCUGCCAAGAUGACCAGGCUGACUACGAAGGCGAGUUAUGUCUUGUCAUCGGUAAAGAUGCCAAGGAUGUAUCUGUGUCAGAUGCGCUUGAAUAUGUUGCUGCGUACACUUGUGGCAACGACAUAUCAUCAAGAAAGCUCCAGCGCGAUGCUGCAUUUGCAGGAAACGUACCGCAAUGGGGAUUCUCCAAAGGAUUCGACACAUUUGCGCCUUUGGGACCUUGUCUCGUACGACCUGACCUUGUUGGAGAUCCCAAAUCGCUUCACCUUGAGACAAAGGUUGACGGGGAAGUGAGGCAAACUGAAGGUGUCGAUGAUCUUCUCUUCGACUGUGCUUACAUCAUUUCCUACCUCUCCUCUGGGACGACGCUACAGAAGGGGUCGGUCAUCAUGACGGGUACCCCAGGAGGUGUUGGGGCGGGCUUCAAACCCCCAAAAUGGCUUACACCCGGGAACAAGAUGGAAGUCGCCAUCACCAACAUAGGGACGCUGAAGAACGGCGUCAAAUUCGCAUGAAAUUCGCGAGGUGUAGCUUGGGAGGCGUGAGAACUCGGCUAAACGAGUGGUUCAGACGAGCAUUGGUAGCCACUUGUUGCUGUUUUCUCGCGAAUGAGGGGCUCUCUCUUGAUCAGACUGCUGUUGGACGCGGAUUCAAGUCAAGGGAUACACGAUGUCGACAGCACCAGACAAUAAUAGCCCGAACCACUCACGGAGUACUCCGUAAAGUAAAAUAAGC